CUCGGCUUGGAGGAUAGAGCGACUCCGAUUAGGGGGGCUGCCGCUGCCAACGAUGCAAUGCCUCGUUUUUACAAAUGAACUCUGAGCAUAGGCGCCUUCCGAGUGCCGCUGUCACCACCACCAUCGGUUUACUCCAAUAAAAGCAACAGGCUUCAGUAGAGAUCAACCCGAAGGACCCAAGGCAAUCGGAAAAAGGAGCGGGACUCGAGGCUUUAUGUUUACCGAGGAGAAGCUGGAGAGGAAGCCGGAGCCAUGGGUUUCUCCCUCAGCCUUCGAUGAAUUAAGUUAAGCUGGACCCACGCAACUCAGCCAACCGGCCCCUGCCCGCAGGGGGGUCUCUCCUGUCCCCGUCGCCUUCUCCAGCAAUGGCAGGCUUCAAGCGGGGCUAUGAUGGCAAGAUCGCUGGCCUCUACGAUCUGGACAAGACACUGGGACGUGGCCACUUCGCCGUCGUCAAGCUGGCGCGCCACGUCUUCACUGGGGAGAAAGUGGCAGUGAAGGUGAUCGACAAGACCAAGCUGGACACUGUGGCCACUGGCCACCUUUUCCAGGAAGUCCGCUGUAUGAAGCUGGUCCAGCACCCCAAUAUUGUGCGCCUGUAUGAAGUUAUUGAUACUCAGACGAAGCUCUACCUCAUCUUGGAGCUUGGCGAUGGAGGGGACAUGUUUGACUACAUCAUGAAACACGAGGAGGGCCUGAAUGAAGAGCUGGCUAAGAAAUAUUUUGCCCAGAUUGUCCACGCUAUUUCCUACUGCCACCGACUGCAUGUUGUGCACCGGGACCUUAAGCCUGAGAAUGUGGUUUUCUUUGAGAAACAAGGACUCGUCAAGCUCACCGACUUCGGAUUCAGUAACAAGUUUCAGCCAGGGAAAAAGCUGACAACCAGUUGUGGAUCUCUGGCGUACUCGGCACCGGAAAUACUGCUGGGUGAUGAGUAUGAUGCUCCAGCUGUAGAUAUCUGGAGUCUCGGUGUGAUCUUGUUCAUGUUGGUAUGCGGCCAGCCCCCCUUCCAGGAGGCUAAUGACAGUGAGACCCUCACCAUGAUCAUGGACUGUAAAUACACCGUACCGGCCCACGUCUCCGCCGCCUGCAAAGAUCUGAUAGAUCGAAUGCUUCAGAGGGAUCCAAAGCGACGGGCCUCCCUCGAGGAGAUUGAGACCCAUGCCUGGCUUCAAGGGGUCGACCCGUCCCCAGCCACCAAGUACAACACUCCCCUGGUCUCCCACAAGAAUCUGUCAGAUGAGGAGCACAACAGCAUCAUCCAGCGCAUGGUGUUAGGAGACAUCGCCGACCGAGAGUCCAUAAUCGAAGCCCUGGAGACAAACAAAUACAACCACAUCACAGCCACUUACUAUCUGCUGGCUGAGAGGAUCCUCAGGGAGAAGCAGGAGAAGGAGGUCCAGACCCGCUCGUAGCCCAGCAACAUUAAGGCACAAUUCAGGCAGUCGUGGCCGACCAGAAUGGACAUGCACCAGGACAUAGAAGACAGUUUGGCGGCCUCCUCUAUCUCCCACGCCGGAGGCCCGCAGUCUCCCGCCCGCAGCGCAGAGAACCUGCUCAAUGGACAUCGCUCCAAAGGCCUGAUGGAGCUGGGCCGACGAGAGGAAACGGUGACCGACUCCCCAGCACCGCCUGCACAGGGAGCCUGUGCUGCAGCCUCGGGUUCUGCGACUGGUUCUGGGUCCAUCAGGGCCGCACCACCACCCACCUCAGCAGCAGCCAAGCAGCGAACCUGCCUUUUCAGGGUGGAGGAGGAUGAGGAGGAGGAGGACGAGCAGGACCCGUCCCCCCUCUCCAGCCAGGUGAUCCUGCGCCGCAAGCCUCCAUCCAUCACCAACCGCCUCACCUCCAGGAAGAGCGCCCCCGUGCUCAACCAGAUCUUCGAGGAGGAGGGCGAGUCGGACGACGACUUCGACAUGGACGAGGGUCUGCCGCCCAAACUCUCCCGUCUCAAGAUGAACAUGGCCGGGAACGCCGGCAACCUCAGCUCCGCGGCCGGCACCUCCUCGUCCCCGGGGUCCACGCAGAAGCGCUAUCACCGCCGCAAGAGCCAGGGGAGGGGGUCGUCCUGCUCCAGUUCGGAGACGAGCGAUGACGACUCGGAGAGCCACCGGAGGCGCCUGGAUAAAGACUCUGGCUUCGGCUACGGCUGGAACCGAAGGGACAGCAGCGAGGGGCCGCCAGGUAGCUCGGGGGGCAACGGAGGAGGCAGCAGCUCGGGCCAGGGUAAACCUCCGGGAGAGGGUGGGGGGACUUCUGGUCCAGACAGGAGUCCUCCUGGAGGGGGUGAGAAUGGAGGAGGGGGAGGUGGAGGUGGCGGGGGGAGCGGUGGAGGAGGAGGAGGAGGAGGAGGAGGGAAAGGACAAGACAGCCCCUCCAGUUGUUGUAACAACAGUAGCACGACUAACCCCUCCCUCAAUUCAACGUCCCGAUCAUCCCGCACGGCCAGCCGCAGCACCGAGCUGGUGGAGAGCCUGAAACUCAUGAGUCUGUGCCUCAGCUCCCAGCUGCAGCACCACCGCGGGGGGCGGGGCAGUCGAGGAGGGGGAGGGGGAGGAGGAGGAGGAGGGGGUAAGUUCAUCAUUGACCCUAACAAUCUCUCAGGAGGGAGCGUUAAAAUCCAUGAGAAAUCAGCUUGGAGAAUGUGCAUCGGCUCCACAGGGAGCCUGGACACCAUCACCCUACCCACCACCACCCUCCCUAGAACCCACUCGGCCCCGCACCAUCACCGCAAAACAGCAGGGCACGGCCCCCCCGGCCCGCCGGGCGGCAGGGACUCUCACAGCAACCUGAGUGCUUUGAAAAACAGCGUGCUUCAACUACCUCUGUGUGAGAAGACCAUCUCUGUCAACAUCCAGCGGGGCGGGGGCCCCAGGGACGGCCUGCUCUGUACCUCAGCUCCUGCCAACUGCUGCCAGGUCAUCUGAUUCCUCCCCCAACCAGCUGAACACAAACCUCCUCCCUCCAUGUUCUCCUCUCAGACCCUCCUCACGUUCAGAUCAUCAGUCUGAACACUCUGCUCCUCUCUUCUUCUUCUUCUUCUGGUGUUUAUUUGCAGCAGGGGUGUGACCUCGUGUCACGUCUCUAUCAGCACAUCAGCCUCCAGCUGUUCCCUUCGCUCCCUGCACGGCUCCACUUCACCUGUGCUCUGUGCUUCUCUUACUUUUCACAACAAGCACUACUUCAUCCUUUUUUUGUUUUUAAAGUAGUGAAACUAAUACAUAUAAUUUUACUAUAAUGAAACGAUCUGCUGGUUUGAAGGGAGAUAGAUAACAGCUGUAAACUUUGAUGAGAUAAAACGAUUCAAAUAUUACACAAAAAAAUCUAAGCUUGAUCCAAAUGCAACUGGAUCAACCAUAUCUUCAACCAGUCCAGUUGCCUUUGGAUCAAGCUUCCAUUUUAUCACGACCUGAAUGACUGAGAACCUACACAGACAUAUUACAAGAAAAGAAAAAAUCAAAUACGAGCACAAGAUUGAAUAUUAACUAAUUAAUUAAUUUUAGAAGAAAUUGGUAAAUUUUAAAAGAUUGUUCUACUGUAAAAAAAAAUAUAUAGUAUAAUUAAAGAAAUAAAGGUUGGGUCAUAUUUUUUUUUUUAAAUUUAAACACAAGAUUACACCUUCUUGUUAUUAAUUUUAAAUGAAGUCAGAAUUUAUUUCUGGUUGAGUACGAGUCAAGUCAGAAUUUUUAAUAAAGCACUAAAUUAAAGAAAUUACAACAAAGUGAUCUUGAGCUCACCUCAAGAUGUCAGUGUCUGUGCAGGUGUUUCUAUGAAAGCCCUAAGAGGACAUGCAUCCAAACAUUUUAUUUGACCCAUGAUAAGUUCAUUUCUAAUUUAGACAUUUUCAGAGUAAAAUCAAUUGUAUUGAUGCAUGUCUGCUUAGGGCUUCCGUAGUUUUCUGAGAUAGGUGGAUAUCAAAAUUCAUUAUCAGAAACUGUCAUACGGACAACAACGCUCAGGCUGUUUUCACCAGGUAGUCCACUGCGCUCCGACUCCAUCAUUGACACUUCUUCUGGAUGAAUUGAUCACAUCUUUAAAGAUUCAUUUAGAAGUUAUCAGUCAUAAAAACACAGCCCUCUGGGAAGAUGAGAAGACGUCACAUUGGUACACGUUUCACAUGAAAAUGCUUUUUUUAAAUUGAAAUCUCUCCAUUGACAGCCACACUGUUAUCUACAUGUUUCUCCUUUCAAAUCAACACAGGCAUCAGCCACAUUAGAAUAAAUCCAGUAUUGAUUUGAAUGGCUUCACACUGCACACACAGAGGAGCUGUGGACUGUCAUCCAUAAAGAUACCACCGUUUUAAAGUGAUUGCUUUUUCCACUUUUAUGACUCCAUCUUUGAAUAUUAAAAUUUGAAUCUCUGUUUUCUGAUUUCCUUGGAAGAAUGACGACUUCAAGCUCCUGUGAGGAGUUUUUGGCUUCCAGUGAAAGCGACUGGAAUUAAUGUUGAUGACUCUUUUUAAAAGAGCAAACGAGUCCGAUUAUUUCUAUAGGAGUUAUUUUAAACACCGGAAAGGUUUUAUAUAGUUCCCACGGCAAUGAUAAGCUCUUAAAGAAAGCAGAAUUUGGUCUUGGAAAAACACAAACAGGACAAGAUCAGCAAAUGCUACGUUGUCCUCUAGGGGGCACCAAAACCCACACAAACCAAAAGUUCCUAACAGGAGCUUUAACUCUUAACAUUUUUGCUUUUUCUUUCAAACUACUCAAACAUGCUUUAAUAUCUUAAUUCUUUUCCUAAUGGUUUUUAAUCUAUUUGUAUUCUGGAUAAGAACAUUUCCUGUUUUUUUUUUUAAUUGUCCUUACACUGUGUUGUGCUCGGCAGUAGCUGGUUGUCGAGCAGAGAGGUUGAAGGUGGAGCGCUCUUAAAGAACGAUGAGGAGGAACAGUUGGAGUGCUGUGCUGAAGCAGGCAGCUGACAGGAGGAGGAGGAAAGAGAAGCAUCUCCAUGUUGAUACAGACAACUCACACUCCCCACCAUCCUCCACCUCUUACCUCUGAAUAACUCAUCCGUCAGAUGGAUUAGAACCUGGAUCACAUGUAUGUGAAUCCAUGCAGACAAGCUUUUACGUUAGACUCCAGUCUGAACUCCAUGUUGCACUCAGACAAUCUGUUUUCUGUUUUUAUGUUAAAAAAAAAAAAAAAUUCUACUGGUAUGGAUUCAGCAUUCAAAGCAACUGGCACACCUGUUAUCAGUCAAAACCCUUUAAAUUUGGAAAGUGUCUCCGUAAUGAGGUAACCCAGUGUUUGCAUUUUAAGCUGGACAGAAGCUAAAGUUUUAUCAGCGUGUGUGUGCACUCCUUAGUGGCAGCAAAAUCACAUUUCUACUGUAGCGACUUAAUGCUAAUCACCAACAGGUCUGAAGAUGUUCCUGCUGACCAUGUAUUUAAAAUGUUAUUUUUUUAUUCAUAUUUCAAUAUGUUGCUGAUAGACAACAUUAGUUGCGUCGCACCACCGAUAUCCGAGUGGUUCGUUUUCCGAUUUGACCUCCGUUGGCUUCUUGGCGGUCGCACCUGCACCCGCAUGUCACCCAAAGCUCACUGCACAUGCGGGUGCAGCGUGUCGACUCGACGUGUAUCAAGUGUGUAUAUACAGUACAUGUAAAAGUAAAGUUUAUUUUUUAAAACUUGUACAUUUUGUUGGAGUGAUCUGCUGUUUGGAAACGUCGGUGAAGUUUGGUUGAACUCACAAUGAAGCUCCAGACUUUGAGCUUUUUAAAGGGGCCGGCCGAGAGAGAAACAACUGAUCGAUAGGAAAAGGGGGGGUCGAGAGGAAAUUCUUCAAGGGCAUUGGCAAUAAGCUAAACGUGUGUUGCAGCUAUCUGUACAGAAACUUUUUUUUUUUUUUUUUUAAUUCCUUUUAACGGCCAUAUUGGACUGUAAAGAAAAAAAAAAAAAAGGAAAGCCAUGUUUUAAAUAUUCUGUUCGUCUUUGUUGUCUGACUUUUCUUUUGAAAGACGUGUAAAUACAGAUGUAAAUAUGGUGCUCUUUCUCUAGAACAGCCGAGUGAACCCUUUGGUGCAUAGCUGUACAGUAAUAGCCUUAUUAUAAUAAUAGUAAUACUGUAUGGGUGUCUCAGCUAAAAAUCAAGCCGUGUGAGAAAAAAAAAGCCGACACGGUUCUAUUCAUACUGUCGGGUCUCUUUUACUGUCGUCUUACUCAGCUGUAUCCAGGUGAAUGACGUGCAUGUGUUUCAAUGUUUGACAUUCAGUGACACACAGGAGAGAGAGGCAGCCACCGAAAUGUUACUGGACCAAAAAAAAAAAAAUGAACAGAUUAAAAAAAAAAAAAAAGAGGUGAAACUGAGAAAUAUUCAGUGUAUUAUUCUGUAGUUGAUACCUGUUGUCAGAAGUUACAUAUAGCUAUGGUAAUAUCCAAAAAUAAAAUGUGGAAUACUG